AUCCAGGUUCGAAUAGAAGUAAACACAAUGGAACACGGGUACGAGCUAAGGCAGUUCUGUGGCGGAGAAGUGAGGGCGGCGGAGAGGUACUACCAGCACCAACCACAUGAGCGUGACUGGGAUGGAGGCAUCGACAACGAAGGUCUGGAUAUCAGCCAACUGGAGAGCUACAUCAACGAUGACAACAACGACACCAUGUACUUCGGUGACCUGCAGGGUGUUGGGAGACAAAUCUCGGAAACGCCCAGGGAGUCUCCAUCCCGCCUCCUGCACCACCACCACCAUCACCACCACACCGCCCUGCACCACCACAACUCCAGCACCCAGGACCUCGUGACCCACCCUGCCCUUAGUUCUAGUGGCACGUCUCCUUCGAGCAUGACCUACGGCCUCCCUGGCUCCGCUCCCGCCAAUGGGGACGCAGAGGGCAUGGCCGUGAUGGGACCGAAGGGCGGAGCUUCCUUGCCCAUUGGUUACUCCAAUCCUUACCACAGAUACAGUUCUUCCUACGGUAGCUAUCGACACCACCUGCCGGACAGCCCGCCGGAUUCAGGGUCCGAGCCCCCCUACUCCCCCCCUGACCAGCCCAAUCUUUCCCCUCACCAGAAGGCGGCGGGCGUGGCCGACAUGUACACGAGCCCGGCCGGCGGCAACGGGGAGACCAUGAUGUCCUUCCCGUACCAGAUCCUGCAGGCGCCCCAGGCCCUCCCGCACCAGCCCAACCCCGCCCACGCGCCCCUCCAGACCCAUCCCUCCACGAACCUCGGCUAUCAGCAGCAGCAGCAGAUGCUCAUGGGCGGCUCGAACCUGUCGGGUUCAGGCGGGAUCUCCCCUUCGGCGCCGUCGGUGUACGGGUCGCAGGGUGGCAUCGCGCAGGGGCCGUCCUCGGGCGGGGGGGCGGGCGGCGUGGCUCCAGGCGCGGGCGGCAAGAAGCGCAAGAUGAAUGACACGGGCGGCCUGUCCUCCAUGGUCAACAUCAAGCAAGAGCCAGACCAAGUAGGAGUUACCAGCCACCUGGGUCCUAACGUGGCCGUCACCUCCUACACUGAGGAGGAUGAGUACACCAUGGACUCCUCCGGCGGGCCCUUCCUUGAUGGGUCCUACCAGUGCAUCCGGUUCCAGAACUUCCAGCAGCAUUCCUGGAGCCUCAUGUGUGAUGCCGGACUCAAAGAAAUACCGCUGACGACAUUCCGGGUGGAUGCUGACAAAGGUUUCAACUUCUCCAACCCGGACGAAGCUUUCGUUUGCCAGAAGAAAAAUCACUUCCAAGUUACCGUCCACGUCCAGGUUUCUGGUGGAGAACCCGUUUUCGUCAAGAGCCCCGACGGCUUGCAGAAGAUCGACCAAUUCUUCGUCCACUUCUUCGGCGUCAAGACCGAAUCCCCUUCUCAGAGUAUCCGCGUUGAGCAGAGCCAGAGCGACCGCAGCAAAAAGGCCUUCCAUCCUGUCCCCGUGGACCUCAAGCAAGAUCACAUGAGCAAGAUCACGGUAGGGCGCCUCCACUUCUCCGAGACCACGAGCAACAACAUGAGAAAGAAAGGCAAGCCAAACCCCGACCAGCGCUAUUUCUACCUGGUGGUGGCGCUGAAGGCCCACUGCGGGGACAACGCCUACAUCAUCGCCGCGCAUGCGUCCGAGAAGAUCAUCGUCAGGGCCUCCAACCCCGGGCAAUUCGAGAGCGACGUGGAAUACACCUUCCAGCGCGGGACGUUGCCAGAAUCCAUCUACCACAUGGGGCGCGUGGGCGUUAACACGGAUCGACCUGACGAAGCCCUGGUCAUACACGGAAACCUCAAGAUCACCGGCCAAUUUCUUCAACCUUCUGACAAACGAGCCAAGAAGGAUGUAGCUGAGGUGGACACGAAGGAGCAGCUGAAGAACGUGCAGAACCUCCGCGUGGUGAAGUACGCCUACAAGGAGGAGUUCGCGGAGCAGGUCGGGAUGAGAGGGGACGACGUGUACGAUACGGGCGUGAUUGCGCAGGAGGUGAAAGAGGUCAUACCCGACGCCGUAAAAACAACGGGUGACGUCACACUUUCCAACGGCGAGAAGAUCGACAACUUUCUCUUGGUCAAUAAGGAACGGAUCUUCAUGGAAAACGUCGGCGCCGUGAAAGAGCUGUGCAAAGUGACCGGCAACCUGGAGAACCGCAUCGGCGAACUCGAGAGAAUGAACCAGAAGAUCUCGCAACUCAGGCGGUUCGAAUCGUUCAAGUCGACCACCUCCUCCAUCUCCACGCGAACCUCUGCUACCUCGCGCGUGUCCUCUGUGAGUCAGCGGGGACGAGGUUGCUCCCGGCGGCGGCACAAGCACCUAGGAGGCGGCCAUGACGACGGGUUCUGCAACAACAAGUCCUUGCAGGUCACCACAAUCACCCUCGUGUGCAUUAUGGCUUUGUGUCUAAUGGCCAUGGCGACGAUCUUCAUCCUCGACUACCAAGACCGCCGGAAGAACGCGACCCCCGUCCCGACCCCCACGACCACGGCUACGACCAUAUUCCUGUCAUCCUCCAUGAUAACGCCAACGUUCCGGCCUCCCUCCACGACGAGGACGACUUCGACAGACGACGGGUCCCUCACCUCCACCUGGUUCACGACGAAGCCUUUCACGACGACCACCACGAGGAUGCCGGUCUACCCGCUGCCGCCCGUCAUCGGCAAACCGGAUGGAUGUUACGACGACGGGCCGACGUGCCAGGUGUUCUGCUGCCCCGUGGAGGAGCCGAUGCUUGGUCCGAGCCCCACGACAGCUGCUGCCGCCAUCACCAUCACGCGACGACGCCCGCAUGGCACAACGACGGUUUUGCCCACCAUGUCUCGGUACAGCGAACUCAUCACAAUACUUUCACCAGCGACCCCAACACCGUUAACGAUUCUACUACACAGGCAGAGACACAACGACUCAAACCUGUUCCAAGCAAGAAGUCUGCCUCCAUGGACCAGUACUCCAGGCAUUCCCGGUAUCAAGCACGCAUGAUGAGUCGCCCAACCAACUUCCGUAGCAUCAAGCAGACCCUCAGCAAGCGUUCCAUCCACACCAAGAGAUCCACCGCAAGCACCAGGGACCAUUUCAAGCCGCAGACAAGGGUAAACAUACAGAUCCCCUCCGUUAUGAUCGUCGAGUUAAACACAAGCAUUAACCACCUGUACUGCUUCAAUUCCUCCGAGUUCUACCAGGAUUGCUUGAUGAACAACGCCACCAAUUACACGUACAUGCUCCCCAUUUCCAGGUUCAUGCCACACACCAACCUCACGUUACAGUUCAGCUUCAUGAUGGGGGCGACACCCAGACGGCCCUUCUUCUGCGGGAAUUCGAGCGACAGCAUCCCCAGCUUUCCCUCCGAACAGUGCUCGGAUUCUGGCGGUCUGCUGUCGCCCAACGAGGUCGUCGAGGGCGUUGGCGACGGGGCCUCGGGUUCCUACUACGUCACGCUGAAGAACGUCGGCAUGUGGCACCAAG